UGACGUCACCACGUGCGCUUAAGCUACCAGCAUCACUACACUUGACAGUCUUGACACAUGUAGAGUAGUUCAAACGUAUCGCUUUCUUUCACUUCUUCUUGAAGUUAUCGCAAGUUGAAAGUUCAGCGCUAACUUCGCGCGGUGCUGUCAAUUGUUAUUUUAGGAAUCCUAACCUCAAAAAAUCGAUAUCGGUCGCGUUUUUCGUCAAAAAUUAGUGUCCCGUGAAAAGUUGCGUCGCAAAAUCGGAUGGAUCGCAAGCACGAAAGGCGGCACAGCGCCCCCGAGCGCCACCGUUACCGCAAAAGACCGCAGUCGAGGUCGCCUCCCCGUAGCGAGAAAAAGCGUAGAAGAUCCUCUUCGCCUAGAAACAGAAAGGUGGAGGACUACAGGCAUGAAUUAACCCGUUUUCUGGACGAACAAGCCGCCGUUAACAAACCUGAGGAUUUUUGGAAGUUCCACGCGAAAUACCAGGCUCUGCAAGCUCUGAAAAAAACCUCGGAGACCGAUAGGAAUAAAGCCUUGAACGUAAACUUUAUAGAGAACGCCACAUUGCUCUACGACAAGCUGCCAGUGUUGGAUAGAAACGGCGAGAGAAUGCGUAUAUCGUUCGAGGACUUCAAGGAUUUCCUGCUGUCGAUCCGAGUGUAUCAAGAUUUCCAACAGAAGACGAACUUCUCGAAGUUGAAGAAGCUGAAACUAGCCCAGAACGACCUCCCCAUCGCGCAGUACAAGAAGGAGAUCAUCGAUAAAUUGAGGGACUUCAGGGUGGUGCUUAUAGCGGGCGAUACGGGUUGCGGCAAGUCCACGCAAGUACCCCAGUACAUCUUGGAGGCUGGCUACGACAAAAUCGUGUGCACCCAGCCGAGGCGUAUCGCCUGCGUCAGCCUGGCGAAGAGGGUGGCUUACGAGACGCUCACGGAUUACAAGAACACCGUGGGGUACCAGAUCAGGUUCGAGAAGACGAAAAGGGCCGACACGAAGAUAAUUUUCAUGACGGAGGGGUUGCUGCUGCGCCAGGCUUCCGAGCAGGAGACGUUGAAUUUGUACGACGUUAUUGUUUUGGAUGAGGUGCACGAAAGACACCUGCACGGAGACUUCCUUAUAGGCAUAAUGAAGUGCCUGUUGCACAAACGAGAGGACUUCAAGCUGAUCCUCAUGUCUGCCACGAUAAACAUCAAGCUAUUCAGCGACUAUUUCGCCGAGGAGAACGUCCAGGUGGUCGAAGUGCCGGGACGACUGUACCCCAUCGAGGUGCAAUACAAGCCGAUAAUAAAAGACCCGUACGAGAGGAAGAGGGACAAAUUCGACUGCGGCCCCUACCUGCAGAUCUUGCAGAUGAUCGACGAAAAGUAUCCGCCCCAUCAGAAGGGGGACGUGCUGAUAUUCCUCAACGGGUUCUCGGAAAUAUCGACCCUGGCAGACGCUGUAACGGAGUACGGCCAGUAUAAGAACAAUUGGAUAGUCUUGCCGUUGCACAGCACCCUCUCGUUGGAGGAGCAAGACAAGGUGUUCGAUUACCCGCCGGACGGCGUCAGGAAGUGCAUUAUAUCGACGAAUAUAGCGGAGACUUCGGUGACGAUCGACGGCAUAAGGUUCGUCAUCGACUCGGGGAAGGUGAACAGGAUGACGUAUAAUACGCAGAUGGGCGUGAACAAGCUCAGCGAGGCUAACAUAUCUCAGGAUAGCGCCAAGCAAAGAGCAGGCAGAGCGGGUCGUACCGGACCCGGUGUAUGCUUCCGCAUGUAUUCCGAGGAGGACUUCAAGAAUUUCGAGGCUUUCACGCCCGCCGAGAUACACCUGGUACCGUUGGACUCGUUGCUGCUUCACAUGAUAUCUCUCGGACUCGCCGACAUAGCCAAUUUCCCUUUCAUCGAGAAACCCGCAGCUAAAAGCCUUGAAGAAGGCCUGGAAAAGUUGAAGUUCACCGGCGCCUUGGAGCUAGAAAGGGAAUGCUUGGCCCUAACGCCGCUCGGAGACGCCUUGAGUCAACUCCCAGUCGACUUAUCUAUCGGUAAGAUGCUUAUAAUGUCGACGGUAUUCGGUAACGUCAACUCGGUACUGGCCCUAGCGUCGCUGCUGAGCGUUCAGAGUCCCCUGACGCAGGCCGCUCACCGCAACUCCCAAGCCCAGGACCUGCGGAAGCCUCUGGAGUCGAGCCACGGCGAUCCCACGACGCUGCUCAACUUCUACAAGGAGUGGCUGUCGGUGAAACAAGACUCGGCGCCCGUUCAGUCGCGUUCCGGCCACCACCGGACGGAGAACUCGAAGACGUGGGCCCGCAAGCGUUGCCUCGAGGAGCAGAGGUUCUACGAGGCGACGAAGCUGUCGGAACAGUUCAGGGAUAUUCUCUGCGAGGCCGAUCUGCUGGCGAAAGUGGCGGAGAGCGAGCUGAGCAGCGGCGAGAGGGCGAUCAGGCACGGCGAGCUGAAGCGGCUGAAGUCGAUGCGGUACGAGCUGAAGAACGAGAGCAAGGCGAGGACGAGGAAACGGUUGAAGUUCGAGAUGUACGGCGCGCCGGAGGACGAGGCGGGGGGGAGGAGCGACAUCAGGGACGUGGAGUUCCGCAUAGCGAACGACUUUAAAAGAUUGCAGAAAUUGCUCAACGAAGCAUCGCCAGACAGCCACAAGGACCUCAUGAUGCUCAAGCUCAUCCUGACGAGCGGCCUGUAUCCCCAGAUAGCCGUCGAGGACGAGCACAACUCCUCCAAGACCGUCUCGGAAAAGUUGUACCACACCAAAACCAAGAACUACGUGUUUCUGAGGCCGACGAGCUAUUUCGCUACCAACCCGGAGGUACUGGAGCUGCACAACGACGAUAUCGAGGUGCCCCCGCCGGGUUACUUCAGCAGGCGCCCGAUCAGCAGGAAACACCAAGUUCUGGUCUACCAGAGCAUAUUAGAAACGAAGAAGGUGUACCUGGUUAACACCAUGAGGAUGCCGGCAGUGCAGACGUUGAUGCUCUUCGGGAAGACCGUCGCCACGAACGCUACCCUUACCAAGUUUGUGUUCGACGAUUUCCUGAUGAUCGACGCGCCGUACUUCGGUCAAGGCAAAACCCUGCUGCAACGCGCCGUGUCGCUCCGGAAAAAAUGGAAGACGAAGCUGGAAGCGAAGCUCAGGGACCCCUCGAGCAGCAGCGAGAUCGAUAGGAAGGAGACAUUCUAUUUUAUGCGGGAUCUGGUCGAUUUCAUGCAGUCCGAGGUCAGCUACAACGUGAAACGCCUCCUGCCCGCCGACCUGAAGGAAAUAUACUCCCGCGAUGUCGAUUUCUACGACGUCGAGAAGCUGAACAGCAAUCCCUUCGACCCGGACUAUCCCGUCACUAAAAACGCUCGGUUGGGGGGCGUGAACGUUACGGAGAACGUCGUUUAUAAUUGUCUCUUGCAGGAGGAGUGGGCGUGCGUUAUCGAGGGGGAGAUAAGCACGACGCCUUUCGAGUGUGGUCGUUGCGGGAGAACCAAGCUGGGUUGCACGGUUUUCGGGAUUAUGCAGCACGAAAGCAAGUGCGGUGCUAGCGUUAAAGUGGAAAACGAAGAAGGCGAGAAAAGCGAAGAGAAAACGGUGAAGGUGAAGGCAAAUUCGAAGCAGUAUCGUUGCGAAGUGUGCAGGAAGGACUUGUGCUUGACGCCCAUCGAUAUUUUGAAGCAUAAAAAGAGUUGUAAAUAAAGAAUUGGUAACAGGGUUUGUUUUUUAAUUCGUGCGGGGUUCUGGAACGAAGUUUUUGAGGUUAUAACGGGAUGUUUGUGGAGUGCAAAUAAUUAUCCGUUAUUUGUUUCCUCUCGGUUUCAAAGCAUGACUUUACUGUGUACAAUUUUUUGAUUUGGGCGUCAAUUUACGUUGGAGUUCAAUUUUGUGCACAAAAUUUACAGUGGUAUCUUUUUAAAUUCAUUUAUUCACUGAUAAAAUUAGUUUAUGAUGAAAAACGUUAAUUUUUCAUUCCCUAUUUGAAAGUAGAGCUGUUCUCGUUACAGUGUCCAAAUUUUUGUGUUAUUUUCAAAUGGAGUUCAAUUUUGUGCACAAAAUUUACAGUGGUCUCUUUUUAAAAUCACUUAUUGAAAAAUUUAGUUUCAGAUUAAAAACAUUCAGUUUUUCAUCCCAUUGUCAAACUAGAGUCCAAAUUUGUGUCAUUUUCAACUGGAGUUCAAUUUUGUGUGUAAAAUUUACAGUACUAUCUUUUUAAAUUCAUUUAUUCAUUGAUAAAAUUAGUUUCUGAUGAAAAACGUUAAUUUUUCAUUCCCUAUUUCAAAGUAGAACUGUUCUCGAUACAAUGUCCAAAUUUGUGUGUUAUUUUCAACUGGAGUUCAAUAUUGUGCACAAAAUUUACAGUGGUCCCUUCUUAAAUUCACUUAUUUAUUAAAAAUUUUGGUUUCUGAUUAAAAACAUUCAGUUUUUCAUCCCAUUCUCAAAGAGUCCAAAUUUGUAUCAUUUUCAACUGGAGUUCAAUUUUGUGCGCACAAUUUACAGUGAUGUCUUUUUAAAUUCAUUUAUUCAUUGAUAAAAUUAGUUUUUGAUGAACAACAUUAAUUUUUCAUUCCCUAUUUCAAAGCAGAGCUUGUAUCUUUACAAUGUCCAAAUUUGUGUCAUUUUAAAACGGAGGUCAGUUUUGUGCACAAAAUUUACAGUGGUGUCUGUUUAAAUUAAUUUAUUCAUUGAUAAAAUUAGUUUCUGAUGAAAACAUAAAUUUUUCAUUCCCUAUUUCAAAAUAGAGCUGUUCUCGUUACAAUAUCCAAAUUUGUGUCAUUGCCUAUUUCAAAGUAGAGCUGUUUUCGUUACAAUGCCCAUAUUUGUGUAUUAUUUUCAACUGGAGUUCAAUUUUGUGCACAAAAUUUACAGUAGUAUAUUUUUAAAUUCAUUUAUUCAUUGCUAAAAUUAGUUUCUAAUUAAAAACAUUAAUUUGUCAUUCCCUAUUUCAAAGUAGAUCUUGUCCCUUUACAAUGUCCAAAUUUGUGUGUCAUUUUCAAACGCAGGUCAAUUUUGUGCGCAAAAUUUACAGUAGUAUCUUUUUAAAUUCAUUUAUUCAUUGCUAAAAUUAGUUUCUGAUUAAAAACAUUAAUUUUUCAUUCCCUAUUUCAAAGUAGAGCUGUUCUCACUACACUGCCCAAAUUUGUAUGUUAUUUUCAAACGCAGGUCAAUUUUGUGCGCAAAAUUUACAGUAGUAUCUUUUUAAAUUCAUUUAUUCAUUGCUAAAAUUAGUUUAUGAUUAAAAACAUUAAUUUUUCAUUCUCUAUUUCAAAGUAGAGCUGUUUUCAUUACACUGCCCAAAUUUGUAUGUUAUUUUCAACUGGAGUUCAAUUUUGUGCACAAAAUUUACAGUGUUGUCUUUUUAAAUUCACUUAUUAUUGAAAAAUUUAGUUUCUGAUUAAAAACAUUCAUUUUUUCAUCCCAUUCUCAAACUAGAUUCCAAAUUUGUGUGUCAUUUUCAACGAGUUCAGUUUUGUGCACAAAAUUUACAAUAGUAUCUUUUUAAAUUCCUUUAUUUAUUGUUAAAAUUAUUUUCUGAUUAAAAACAUUAAUUUUUUAAUCCCUAUUUCAAAGUAGAGCUUGUCUUUUUACUGUAUCCAAAUUUGUGUCAUUUUCAAACGGAGGUCAAUUUUGUACACGAAAUUUACAAUAGUGUAUUUUUAAAAUUAGUUUCUUAUUAAAAACAUAAAUUUUUUCAUCCCUUUUUCAAAGCAGAGCUCUUCCAUCUACAAUGUCCAAAUUUGUGUCAUUUUCAAUUUGAGUUCAAUUUUGUGCGCAAAAUUUACAGUAAAGUUUCAUUUUUGAAAUUCAUUUACUCGAAAAAUUCACUUUUUCAUCUCGUUUUGAAAGUAGAGCUGUUCACUUUACAUUGUUUAGAUUUGUGCGUCAAUUUCACUUGAAAUUCAAUUUUGUGCUCCAAAUUUACGGUAAUUAUCUUUGAGAUUCACCUAUAUAAUAAAAAAACUAGUUUUUUUCCUCUCGUUUUCAAAGUAAAGCUUUUCCAUUUACAAUUUUCGGAUUUGUGUCACAAUUUCACAUUGAAGUUCCAUUUUGUGCGCAAGAUUACCGCUGUAAAUCUUUUAAAAUUCACUUAAGUAAUGACGAAAUUAAAUUUUUUCAAGGUAAAACUUUUUUCCUUUACAAUGCGUAGAUUUGUGCGUCAAACUGAAUUUUUUUUUAAAUCCGCAUUCUCUAUUAUUUCUCGACUUGCCGUUUAUUCAGUUUCCGCUCGCCGUUGAGUUGUCAUUAACCCCGGCCCUAAAUAUUUUUCAGACAUUUUCGUUGCAGGAAUCCGCAGCG